GCCAAGAGCUAAACACACAAAUUUCAAAUCUCAAGUCCCCUUUUGUGGCCCAACUCAUCUCUCAUUCUAUUGCUUUUUGCUUGUGGGGAGAGAGAGAGUGAGAGAAAGGCAGGGAGAAAGAGAAAGAUGGCGCUGAGGAUGUGGGCUUCUUCAACAGCCAAUGCACUGAAAAUCAGUUGCAGACCCAAGAAUGGGUCAUCGGCAUUUCCUUCUUUCUAUCUCUCUAGAUACUUCUCAACCGUUCUUGAUGGACUGAAAUACGCGGAAUCACAUGAAUGGGUGAAACAUGAGGGGUCUGUUGCUACUGUAGGCAUCACAGACCAUGCUCAGGACCAUCUUGGGGAGGUAGUUUUCGUGGAUCUUCCUGAAGCCGGCACUUCCGUGACAAAGGGUAGCGGUUUUGGAGCGGUAGAGAGUGUAAAAGCAACCAGUGACAUAAAUUCACCGAUUUCUGGAGAGAUCGUUGAGGUCAACAGCAAGCUGAGUGAAACCCCUGGUUUGAUCAAUUCAAGCCCAUAUGAGGAUGGAUGGAUGAUCAAGGUGAAGCCCAGCGAUCCUUCAGAACUCGGGUCCCUAAUGGGACCUAAGGAAUACACUACUUUUUGCGAACACGAAGAUGCUCACUAGAAUCGACACUCCAUGCGUCUUGGUUGUUUUGCACAAAGUGAUGCCAUAGUGGAGCUACGGCUCACUUUUGCUUUGGAAUUCUAUGCCUCCUUGAAUCCAUCAUUAUCUCAAAUAAGUGGGCAUAUAAAGUGAUUGAUCGUC